AUGGAGGUCAUCGCAGUCAAGGGCUGGAAGAUCGUCGUCCUGCACUGCGAGCCGAGGCUCAUGGUUCGCAUCGUCGCCAAGUCCGUCGCCAUGAACCUCUUCGGAACCGGCUACGGCUGGUUCCUAGCGAGAAAGCCACGACGACGGACCCGGAGGUCCUGCGUGGCUUGCCGGAAGAAGCGGUCGCCUCUGGGAGAACGUUGGGUACAUCGCGGCCAACGGCCAGACGGACCUCAAGACGGUGCUUUGGCCCGGCCACACCAUCUUCAGCCCGUCCUCCAUGUCCCUGAAGACCUACCGGGUGGUCACACGGCCGGCCAAGCCCUUUGUCUUCAUGGAGGGCCCCGUGGAAGCCGUAGAGGACUGCUAUGUCAACGUGCCUUGCCUGAUGCUCAAGAACAGCUCGCAGUCCCAUGUCGUCCAGGCUGUGGAGCAUUUCAUGUCGCGGUCAAAACGGGAGGAUAUGGACUACAGAUCUUCUGCUGCAAGGGCAUCAGCCUGGAGAUUCUGCAUCAGCUGGCUACAGACCUCAACUUCGAGUACAUCGUGUACUUCGUCAACGACACGGACUAUGGGACCUACUCCAACGGCGCGUGGACGGGUAUGGUGGGCGACGUGGUGAGUGGGGCGGCGGACAUGAUCGUCGGCGCAUUUUCCAUGACAUCAGGCCGCAUGAGAGCCAUCUCCUUCACGGAACCGUUUUACCAGAAUGAGUUUUCCAUGAUAUCCGGCGAAGAUGGCCGGUCACCUUCCAUGUGGGCUUUCCUUAGUCCUUUCUCUGCGCAGGUUUGGACCUGCAUCCUACUUAGUUCUAUUGUUGCUGGUGUUGCUACAUCAGUCCUGGAGUGGUUCAGUCCAUUUGGUCUCAACCCCAGAGGGCGCAGACGACAGAAACAAUACAGUCUAGGGUCUGGUUUGCUGAUGGUUUGGGUGCUGGUGACCGGCCACACCAUCAACGUCAAGGCACCAAAGAGCUGGCCUUCUAAGGUCAUCCAGAAUGUGUGGGCAGGCCUGGCCAUCUUCAUCAUGACGUCAUACACCGCCAACCUGGCUGCCUACCUGGCGGGACAGUCGGCUGUCAUCAGCGUGAAAAGUAUUUUUGACUCCAAGCUGCUGCAAAAGAGGGUGUCAGUGAUCAAAUCCAGUGCCGUGGAGGCCUUCUUGGCCAAAGUGAACCCUGACCUUUUUCGGAGUAUUCAAAACAACGAUGCCAACUGUACCGAGGAUGCUAUUCUCGCCUUGCAGGCACAUGAAACUGAUAUUUACUUCGAUGAUGCUUCGCUUCUGGAGUUCGCGGUGUCUCGCCUGGACAAAGACUGCAAGGUCCGCUUCGUUGGCAAAGGAUUUGGUACCGACGGCUACGCCAUUGGCUUGUCAAAGCACUCGUGGAUGAGAAUUCCGAUGUCCAAUCACAUUUUGUCUUACGUAGAGAGCGGCUUCGUGCAGGAUCUCAGCCGGAAGUACCUGUCGCGCUCUCACUGCGAGUAUUUCUUGACAGGCAGCGCGGUGCAGUAUGGUCUGGAGCAUACCGGAGGUCUCUUCUUCAUCUUACUCUCCGCCAUGUUUGUCUCCGUCUUCUUCCUCUUCUUGGAACAUUUAGCUUACAGAUUUCUUGUUCCAUGGCUCCGCAGUCGCCCAGAAGGAAGCUUUUGGAAGACAGAAAACUUGGCAUUUAUAAGUCAGCGAGUUCAUCGUGUUGUGCGCAGUGAGAAGCUGUACUCACAAAAGCAAGCUGCCCAGAGAUGAUCAAGAUCGUCAAACAGCGGGACUUCACUCGACUCAUCCAGAAAAAUGAACUUCAGAAAAGGAAAGUUGUUCCACAACAGAGGAUAAAGACCAAAGCAGAAAUGUUUCAGGAAAUAACUGCAAACAUUGUCAGUUACCACAGGCAGCUUAACAAGGAACUUGACACCGUAUACAAGGGUGACGUCGUCGAAAUGGACGAGGGCACAGUGACGUUUGGCAGUGACGCAGGACCCUAAUGGUGUGCACGUGCAGAUGCCUGCGUCACCACUGAGGGAGAACCACAUCGGCGUGUCCAACCUCGCCUUCUUCCAGGACGAGGAGCACGCCAACAACAACGGCGUCGACGAGAUCGUCAGCCACUCGGAGGUAACCGAUGAGGAUGACGACGAAGAAGACGAGCAGGCUGGGAAAGCGAGACGUCGGAACGACGAGGACAGGUUUGACGAAAGCAGCGAUCUCGGGCUGCCUUCGCCGAAAAGGUCGUCGAGAUCUUCCAGCUCGUCAACCUGGUCCUCGCCGAGACGCAAAAUGUCGUCUGCUUCAGCGAAGACAGAGAACCGGGAGAAACCGCCGGCCAUCGUGGUGACUGCCACUUCCUGCAGCGAGCCCACGUCACCGGAAGGUCGUCACCCUCGCUUCACCUGGGGCGGCGGCGCGGCAGCCAACAAUGGGGCGAAGAGAGGUCAAGGGCAAAGGCAGGGGCAGAGCAAAGCCUUCUCCAGGCGCGUGUCUGACGUCAGCCCCAUGCGGAUGUCGCUCGGUACGCCUGCGCAGAACAAUGUGCCCCGCUCCCGCAGCCAGGACUACCAGACCUUCGACUAUUUCCAGAAAAACCUUAAACUUAAGGACAACAGGGUGAAGUCGACUCUACGGCGACACGCUCUCUCAGGAUACCAAAGCCAGAUGCCAGUCGAGUAUCUGGACGAAUGCACGCUGGAGGCCCUGUCCAAGGAGGACCUUGUCAUCCUCUGGAAGAAGUCAGAACUGGAGCUGCAGACCAAGCUGAACGAUGUCAUGAACAGGAACAAGCGGCUGGCCAUGGCCAUCGACUACCUCACAAAGCAGGAGUUCAACGAUGUCAGCGAGGAGGUGUGACGAAACUUUGCCCUCGUGAGUGAAGUUCGACAGUCACCAUGUUUUUGUUGCCUCCGCAAACAAAGUGCGAACAGGUAGUACUGUUUCAGUGAGACAAAGAUGAGAAAUGUAAUGCAAUGUUAUUACUAAUUCAGCGACUAAGUGGGGAAAAGCCUGCAAUAUUUUGAUGCGGCGGCGAAGAAAUAAGAUUUUAAAAUCUGUUCUGGUUUGCAAGAUGGCGGAGGGACUCUGUGCUUGUUCCAAGCGAAAAUCUUGAAUUUGAUGCUGAGUCUUGUUACGUGACAUGUCGUCUGGCCCUUGAUGAUGUUUGCCAAGGGUAUAGUGGACUCGGAUGUUGUCUGGAUACAGCAGUUAAUACAUCACCUUGUAUUACACCCUACGUACAUACAGUCUAGUCAUCGAUGCGCACUCAUCACAGAGUGUGUCAACGAUUAUGCGACAAAGAAAACGAUUUGGUGAAGCUGAUGAUCGUGGAUUCAGCUUUGCUACUGUCAUUCAUCGUGACAUGAAGACUUCUCAGUCUAUAAUCUCGGUGUCCAUCAAUAUGCAAACUUUUCUCGUUUUCAUCACCACGAGCAAUGCAUUGGACACUCUUUUUCUCUGUGUGUAUAUAUGUAUACGUACAGACAUCGCUUGUUGUAAAUAAAAAAAACCCACUGAGACAAGUUGACAGCUGUCUCCUGAUAGUGUAAUUUUUUUAUAAUGACUGAGAAAAUACUAUGCUAGGUAUAAGUUCUUAAACUCUCUGGAGGAAUACUUUCCUCUCUCUGCGCCAAAUUAUCAUCAUAUUUGAAAGCGGGUUAACUUAAUGCCUCGUUUGCACGCCAAUGGCCCUCGAAACAACCAAUCUAUGGUCUCAGCUCUCCCAUUGGAUGAAGCCUGACGUAUCCAUGUACAAUGUUGAAGUCUGUGUUUUUUUUUUACCUUGAAUUGUGCAUGUUGAGGUUUUCAGGCGUGUAUCUCAAGAUCGAAAGAGGGACAUCGCCCUCAUCCCCUCUUUCUGCAUUUGUGAAAACAAUAUCUUGCACAGUUUUACUUGGUCACUAAACAACAAUAUUUUGCCCCACCAGACCUUAAGCACAGGUCGCAAAAGAUUUCACAGACUUCAAUGUCGCCUUAACGUUGGAUCCUUCGGUCACGUGACCGUCAGUUUAAAGCUAAUCUGUCGCAUAAACAGGAUGAUGGAAGAUGGGUAUGCUGUGCUUGAGAUCCUGCCUUCUUCAUUUGAUGACAAAAGUCUCAAAUAGUUUUUUAAGGUUAUGCUGUGUUUGAUCACAAAGAACAAUUUAUUUGUUAUCAUUGAAACGUGUUGGAACAGUGGUUAGGAAGUCGGGACGUGUCCCAGUUGGCUGUUGAUAUCAGCGGAGGUACAUCUGUACCGAUGUCCACACAGGUAUGACGCACAUCAGAGCAGGUCUUGUGAUACUGGGUCAGGCAAUAACCUUCAAUGGUGCUGAUAAGCAGUUUGUUCUUUAACCUUGGAGACUAACACAGAAAUCAUCCUUAAUUUUACAUGGGGUUCCACUGAGGUGGAAGAUGGCUUCAUCUUUUCCCCGCUUGCAUCUUGGACAUUUGAAACACCAAGAACUCCGUCUACAAUCAUAUUUACAGACACAGACCUUGAAAACAUUUUUGUUCAGACUUGUUAAAGAAACUAGACCUUAUAUGGAAUUUUGCUGUCUUGGUUUUCUUGUGAUUCUUUUUGAAAUACCUGUAUAGCUUUUCAUCUCAUAAUGUCAUGAGAAUUUUUAUGGUAAGAUGGCAGUUGGUCUAACACACUGUCUUCUUAAGUAACCAUAUUUAUUGUCAUCUUUUACAUAUGAAGCAACCUAUAUACUGCAUUAUAGCAGUUGUUUAUGGCGGAAUGCUAGCAUGGAUGCUUUAAAAACUAUGAACUGGGUUUUAAAUUUUUUAGAGUGGUGGAAAUAUUCAGACAUAUAAGAAACAUAAUACUGUAUACUCUUACCGAGUCGUACUUUUGUUCAGGAGUUAUCUUUGUGUAUAGACAGUGUUUUGCCACUGGAGGAGGUUCGUUUAAAAACUAUAAGUAGAAGGUGAAAUAAACCAUUAAAGAACGUUUACAAUCCGAACCUGUGUAUAAACUUUGAGCGUUAAAAACAGUUUGUAAAUUGUUUUGUCGCGCUAUUUUAUUUACAAUAGUAUACUUAAAUCAAAUUUUACCUUUUCAGUGUAACGAAAAUAUUUUGAAGCCCUUCCCAGAUGACAAUGUGAAAUUUUGCUGCUUAUUGCUGCAUCAAUGUACUUUGUAUGUGUACUCAAAGUACAAUUUCUUCUUUUCUCCCCAAUCUUUAGUUCUAAGGAAGGUCAACUUACUUAUAAUGACUGUGAUUGAAAAACGCACAAUGAUUACAAUAAUUACUUCUCUCUGACAGCCAAGCUAAUCUCCAAACCAAAAUAAAAAGCUUAAAUUGUGUGUAACAGUUUAAUAUGUACAAGAUAUGUGCGUGCAUUUAAUUUCCCUUAGUACUUGUAUCAUCUUUUUCUGACAAUUUUGAGAUGUACAUUGUUUCUGCAGUACAUCUCAGUGACAAUAUGGUGGCCAUAGAUGUCACUAGAGGGAAUGCAGGUGUACUCUGCAGAUGUAUUGUGUAUAUUUUGUCGUUUGCUACCCGCAAACAAUGUGUAAUGCCGUACACGAGAAUUUGUAAACAAUUUUUUUUACCCCAAUAAGAGAAGAACAUAAAUGAUAUGAAGCAUCUAUCGUUGUAUUAAUGGAGAUAAGUGAGACCAGAUCAGAUGAAAGUUGCAGGCGGUUCUCUGUCGACGAUGUGCCAAUAGGUGAGGUGGCUUGCAUGAGAGUGUUGUACAUACAUUCUACAUUUCACAGGCUGAAGGUCUCCUGUAAGUAUGGACGAUAACACUCAUGCAAUCCAGAACAGAUGAGGUAAGGACAGGUCUUGACUUCUGGUUAUUUUGGUUGUUGACUCAGGCCUACAUUUUUGGAACGAAGUUUGUCACUUAAUUUCCCUGUCCGUCCCAUCAUCAGCCCCGUAUUUGUCAUUAAACAAAUGUUCUUGUUUUUG